CAACACACCAUGUGCUAUUGUUUUUGACACUCUCCCCAUAAAUACUUUCCUUUCCCUAAUUCCAAUUCCACACACAAAACUCAAAAACAUUCAAAUAUUCAAACCACACCUCAAAGUCACCAAUAUUCCUUUCUAAAAUUCCCAAAUCUCCUCAUAAACAAAAUAAAAAAAUGGCUCUAAAGAAAUCAAGCAAACACAUAACUCAAAGUAUAGCCCUAAAACAAAUCUUGAAAAGAUGUUCAAGUUUUGGAAAAAAUGAGAAUGGACUUCCUUAUGAUGUACCAAAAGGCCACUUUGUAGUAUAUGUUGGUGAAAAUAGAAGUAGAUACAUAAUUCCAAUUUCUUGGUUGACACAUCCUGAAUUUCAAACUUUGCUUCAAAGGGCUGAAGAAGAAUUUGGAUUCAAUCAUGAUAUGGGACUUACAAUCCCUUGUGAUGAAGAAGAUUUUUGUUCUCUAAUGUCAAUGUAAAACCGCGUACAAAAAGGCAUAAACGUGGUCCCAUCCAUUCUUUGAAAUACGCACAACUAGAACUUACUGCAUCAGACUGCCCUUUAAAUCAGCGAGACAUUUUACUAUGGAGCAGCUAGAUUAGGCCAUUUUUAAGUGAAAAUAGUUGAAUUGAAUUGUUUUUUUUUUUAAACUUGUCAUAAAGAAAUCCCUUCUAAUUAACUUUUUGUGGGAUUGAGUUUGUACAAUCUCAUGUGUUACUAAAUAUUUUGACAAGUGGUGUUAUAUUUGCACCCAUUUAUAAAUCUUGAUGUUACUAUUCA